GUGAUGAUUUUAAUUUACAGCAUGAAAACUAUAAAAUUAUUAUAUUUGGCAUAAUUAUACAAACAUUUAAAUAUGUGAGUUACAUUAAAAAUAUAUAAUAAUUAUGUAAAACAAAUAUCUAUAUAUAUAUAUAUAAAUGUGAAAAUAUAUACCCGCACGGUUGUGCGGGUGGAAAUCUAGUGUUUUCUUAAAAUAUACAUAUAGAUCAAAUUUAGGAAGAUGUUAAUUGUAUCCAUAUCUUCCUAAACUAUAAGUUAGGGUUUAAGGUUAACGACAGACGUCCAAAUCUCUCUUCUCUCUUUUUUUUAAUAUAUUAAAGCCUAACUUCUUUACUAUUUUCUAGCUCUGUUCUCUUCUCUUCGCUAUCCUCUCGUCUCUCUUUCUUCCUUGGGUGUUCAUGUCAGAAACACAAAAAUAAACAAUAAUGGUGACCCCCAAACUCCCAUGGGACUUGGAAUCAGAAAUACUUUCUAGGGUUCCUCCCACAUCUGUAAAACGUUUGCAGUUAACUUGCAAACGAUGGAACACUUUAUUCAAAGAUCAGAGAUUUAUCAACAAUCACAUGGGCAAAGCAACAACACAGAUGGUCUUAAAGAAGGAUGAAUCGGCUUAUUCAUUCAGUUUAGAUUUCCAUGGACUACACAAUAGGUAUGAUCAAUUUAUUACGAUUACAGGAAAACUUCAGAGUCUGAAGGAUUCAGAAGAUGUCAAGAUAUCUAAAAUCUUCCCUUGUGAAGGUUUAUUGUUAUGCACGACCAAAGACAAAAAUCUCGUGGUUUGGAACCCUUGUACUGGUCAAACCAGGUGGAUUCUAUCCAACGGUUACGCCAUGAACCAUAAGUAUUAUCUAGGAUACGGUAACAAGAACAAAUCAUGCGAUAGCCUCAAACUCUUGAGGCUUAGCUAUUAUUAUCACCAGAGGCUGAGAGUUAAUACGUUUGAAAUGUAUGAGUUUAACUCUGAUUCAUGGAGAGCUUUUCAUGACGAUUCUGUUAAUUGUGGAAUAUUGUCGCGUGGCGUGUCUUUAAAGGGAAAUACUUACUGGUUACAUUCAGAUGAUGAAGACGAUGACGAUCUGGUUAAUUGUAUUCUCAAAUUUGAUUUCAAUACAGAGAGAUUUGGACGUCUGUCUCUUCCUUUUCAUAAUGAUGAUAACGAUGCGUGUGUAGUUCUAUCAGUUGUCAGAGAAGAGAAACUUGCGUUGCUAUUUCAGAGCUUUGCUACUUAUAGUCCAUCAGAGAUGAAGAUAUGGGUGACCAACACUAAGGCUGAUGAGGCCAAGGACUUGUUGUGGAGCUUGUUCUUAGUAGUGGAUUACACUAAAGUUACAGAAGUCAGGACGAGGGUAAUUAGUUUUUUGGUGGACGAGGAGAAUAAAAGGGUCAUGUGCUGUCUUGGAGACUAUGUAGAUGAAGACAAGACCAUACUUUACGUUGCUGGAGAAGAUAUACAUAAAAUAGUCUAUAGAGAGUACAUCCCAGAGGUGAGAGACCUUGAGUACAUCCCUAGUCCACGUCUCGUCAGUUAUGUUCCAAGUUUGGUCCGAAUUCCGUUAAAGCAAAGUAAUCCUGAUGGGAAAAGAAAAAAUGAUUAGUUGAUUAUCAAUUAGGGUUGUCUCUGUUUAGUUAAUAAACAUAGUAGCUGGAUUUUUUUUUUUUUUCGUUUCUUUUUCUAUAUAGAGUUUUUUUCUGAAAAAAAUAUUGUUUUAUUGUGGUCUUACUCAAAUAUCUAUCUUAUUAAAACUCAAGUACAAAAUUGGAGU